GUUCUCUCUCCGGCCGAUCAAACCCUAGGAGUUCACAAUUCGUUAGAUCGCGGCGGUUGCUCACUGUCAUGUAGGUUUGAUUCAUCUUCUCUUCCGGAUCUUGAGUGACGAAGAGAAGAGAUCUUAAGUCUUCUGAGAGAGAAAGAUUUUCUCCCUCGUUGACCCGAUCGGUACUUUUUUCCUCGCUGGGGAUUUUCAAUUUCUUUUUAGGGAUCGGCUUUGAUUUGUUACGUAGAUGGCGGAUUCUUCACCCGAUUCGUGUUUCAAAGGAGGCAAAUUCAGUGCUCCAGAAUUGCCUGGUCAAUCGAUGUUGAAGACGGGAGAUAGACAGUGGUUCUAUUUCACUCCAAGGAGUAGGAAGUAUCCGAACGCAGCUAGGUCUAGUAGAGGAACUGAAACUGGAGGUCGGGCUCCUAAUGGUGAGCGGACUGAUUGGGUGAUGCAUGAGUAUACUAUGGAUGAAGAUGAAUUAGGGAGAUGUAAGAACCCUCAGGAUUACUAUGCUCUCUAUAAGUUGUUUAAGAAAAGUGGGGCUGGUCCUAAAAAUGGUGAACAGUAUGGUGCUCCAUUCCAAGAAGAGGAAUGGGUUGAUGAUGAGAAUGAAGAUGAGAACGCUAUUGCUGUACCGGAGCAACCUGUGGUUCGUUAUGAGGAUAAUCGUCGUGUGGAUGGGGGUAGACUUUUCAAUCCUGUUAGACUUCAGUUAGAGGAUAUCGAUGAGCUUCUCAAUGGAAUCCCAAAUGCACCUGGGGUUCCUCCAAGAUGUAUUCCUCAGGUGAAUAGUGAAGAAGAGCUGCAGAGCACAUUGAUGAAUAAUUCUGCUAGAGAGUUCUUGCCAAACGGUCAGCCAUACAACAGGCCUUCAAGUUUUGACUCAUUAGAGACCGCUGAGGUCACGUCAGCUCCCAAGACCUCUGAUAUAGCACCUCUGGUGUUCGAGAAGGAGGAUUACAUUGAAAUGGAUGAUCUUCUGAUCCCUGAACUUGGAGCUUCUUCAACUGAGAAAGCUGCACAGUUCUCGAACCAUGGUGAAUUCGGCGAUUUUGAUGAGUUUGACCAAUUGUUCCAUGAUGUUUCCAUGUCUUUGGAUAUGGAACCUAUUGAUCAGGGAACUUCUACAGAUCUGUAUUAUCCGAGUAAUUUUGCUAACAACACAUCAGACCAAAAACAGCAAUUCCUUUAUCAACAGUUCCAGGACCAGACUCCUGAGAACCAGCUGAACAACAUCAUGGAUCCUAGUACAACCCUCGAUCAAUUCACUAACGAUGUAUGGUUCCAAGAUGAUCAAGCCAUUCUCUUUGAUCAACAACAAUCUUUUUCUGGAGCAUUUGCUUCACCCUCAUCAGGUGUGAUGCCCGAUUCUACCAAUCCUACUAUGAGUGUGAAUGCCCAAGGCCAGGAACACCAAAAUGGUGGUGGACCAACAAGCCAGUUCUCAUCGGCUCUGUGGGCAUUAAUGGACUCAAUACCUUCAACGCCAGCCUCUGCGUGUGAGGGUCCUCUUAACCGAACCUUUGUACGUAUGUCUAGUUUCAGCCGUAUGAGGUUCAAUGGAACGCCAGUGACUACUACCAUAGCAAAGAAAGGUAUCAGAAACAGAGGUUUUCUUCUCUUAUCAAUCGUGGGUGCCUUGUGUGCCAUCUUCUGGGUGUUCAUAGCCACAGUUCGAGUCUCAGGUAGAAACGUCUUCUCUUGAAAGACUAGUGGUGGUUUUCUUGAACUCUUUAAGUACUGGUAAGUUAGAAGAAGAAACCAUGAUCCAUGUUAGUGUUCAUGGGAUUAUUGACCUAUUUUAAAAUAUGAAUCUUUGAAUAUGUACAGAGUUUGAAAGAGUAAAAGAACAAUAAUUCGUGAUAAAGGUGUUUCUUGUCUUCUCGAUUGUCCUUGCUGUUUUCCGCAUAUCUAUCUUCUGGGUUUCAAUAUUCACAAAGCCUCGCAAGAUAAGUUUCGAGAAUCAACAGAGACUGUCUUGGUUUGGUUUUAUGAAAGCAUAAUCUUGAAGAGCUUCUGUGUAUUCGAGCUCUUGUAUUCAUCUAUGUCUGAGGUUGUAGAUAAUUGGUUGUGUUCGAAGAUGCAGCUUCAGGCUGAGCUAUCUGGAGAUCGUUGUCUUGAUGACGGUGAUUGUGAUCACGAUUUGUGGAACUGUUACCACUGAGGAAAGAGAGUAGGUUCCGUAGAAAUCUGCAACCUUGAGAAACCAGAGAGCAGAUUCCGACGACGCAACCAACCGAAGUUUCCUCUGUUCUACUCAUGGCAGCUUCCAAUAGAAAGCUUAAAGCUUA